AUGGCGGCUCCCGGGGAGCCGGCGGCAGGCGGGGCCCGGUGGGAGUGGGAGGAGAAACGGACAGGCUCGGAGGGCGGCGCGGUUGAUGGCCCGGCCCCGGCCCGGAUGGACGCGGGGCGGCCGCCGCCCGGCGACCCGCGGCCCCCGAGCGGCCCGGGCCCGCUCAACGGGGCCGGCGAGCCCGCCGGGCCCGGCCUACACGGGGGCCAGAAGAAGCCCGGCUGGGAGCCCGCCCCCGCCCACGCCGCCCGCCUGGAGGAUGCCCGCGACCUGGUGGCCUUCUCGGCGGUGGCGGAGGCCGUGUCGUACGGGGCCCUGGGCGGCCGGCCCGCCGAGGGCUCCGGGCGGGAGCCGGGACCCGCCGAGGACCUGGACGCCCUGCAGGCCGCCCUGGCCCUGGCCCGGCACGGCCUGAAGCCGCCCCACUGCAACUGCGACGGCCCCGACUGCCCCGAUUACCUGGACUGGCUCCAGACCAAGAUCCGCACCGCGGGGGUCCGGCCCCCCCAGGCCCCGGGGCCCGGCCUCCCCCACGAUGCCGGCCUCCCCCCGGUCCCCGGCCUCCCCCCCGCCCCCGGCCUCCCCCCGGCCCCCGGUCCGCCCCCCGCCCCCGCCCCCUCCCCGGCCGUCCCCGCGGGCCCCGGGGGUCUCCCUCUGUCCCAGAGCGCCCUGAGCAUCGCCAAGGAGAAGAACCUGAGCCUGCAGACGGCCAUCGCCAUCGAGGCCCUGACCCAGCUCUCCUCCACCCUCCCCCAGCCCGCGCCCGCCUGGCCCCUCCCCGAGUCGGCCCUGCAGCGGCACCUGCAUCACCGGCGGAGCCUCUUCGCGGAGCCGGGGCCGCCCGAGGCCCCCGAGGCGCCCGCGCCCGGCUGCCCCGACGGGCCGACCAAGGAGAAGAGGAGGAAGCUGGGGACCGCCGCGGCGGGGGGGACCCCCGGGCUCAGGCCGGCGCCCCGCAAGCCGGUCCAGAUCAAGAAGUCCAAGGCCCGCGAGGCCCAGCUCCUCUUCCCGCCCCUGCGGCAGAUCAGUCUGGAGGGGCUGCGCCCCGCGCCGCCCCCGGCCCCCGGGCCCCCUCCCCCGCCGGGCCCCUGGCCCCCCCCAGCUCCCUCCCCCGCGCUUUUUGCACCUAGCCCGUCGGGGGGCGCCGUGACGCCCCCCCCAACUCAGGAAAUGGGCUCCCGCAGCCCGCCCCCCGGCCUGGCCGGCUCGCCGCCCGGAGGCCUGCCCGACGCCCCGCCCGACGCCCCGCCCGCCCACGACGCCAAGCUGGAAGAGCUGAUCCGGCAGUUCGAGGCGGAGUUCGGGGACGGCUUCGGGCUGCCGCCCCCGCCGCCCCCCUCCCCCACCCCCGAGGAGCGGCCCGCGGCCCCCCGCCCCCCGACCCCGCCGCCCCCCGAGGGCCUCUGGGCCUCCCGCUCCCCGAAGCAGAUGAAGCUGGAGACGUCGGGGGCCGUGAUGGUGCUGUCCACCACCUGCCUGCCCUCGGAGGCCGCCCCGGCCGAGCCCCAGACCCCGCUCGCCCCCUCUCUGAGCGGCUUCCUGGAGUCGCCCCUCAAAUACCUAGACACGCCCACCAAGAGCCUCCUGGACACCCCCGCCAAGAGAGCCCAGGCCGAGUUCCCCACCUGCGACUGUGUCGAGCAAAUUGUGGAGAAGGACGAGGGUCCGUACUACACCCACCUGGGCGCCGGGCCCACCGUGGCGUCCAUCCGGGAGCUCAUGGAGGAGCGGUACGGAGAGAAGGGAGAGGCCGUCCGCAUCGAGAAGGUCAUCUACACCGGGAAGGAGGGGAAGAGCUCCAGGGGCUGCCCCAUCGCCAAGUGGGUGAUCAGGCGCCACAGCCCGGAGGAGAAGCUGCUGUGCCUGGUGCGUCAGAGGGCCGGGCACCGCUGCCAACACGCCGUCCUGGUCAUCCUCAUCCUGGCCUGGGAGGGCAUCCCGCGCAGCCUCGGCGACGCCCUCUACCGCGAGCUCACAGACACCCUGCGCCGCCUCGGGAACCCCACCAGCCGACGCUGCGGACUCAACGACGACCGGACCUGCGCCUGCCAAGGCAAAGACCCGAACACGUGCGGGGCAUCUUUCUCUUUCGGCUGCUCCUGGAGCAUGUACUUCAACGGCUGCAAGUACGCACGCAGCAAGACGCCCCGCAAGUUCCGCCUGGUCGGGGACAACCCCAAAGAGGAGGAAGUGCUCCGGAACAGUUUCCAGGACCUGGCCACCGAGGUGGCCCCGCUGUACAAACGGCUGGCCCCCCAGGCCUACCAGAAUCAGGUGAACAACGAGGACGUGGCGAUCGACUGCCGCCUGGGGCUGCGGGAGGGUCGGCCCUUCUCCGGGGUGACCGCCUGCAUGGACUUCUGCGCCCACGCCCACAAGGACCAGCAUAACCUCUACAACGGCUGCACCGUGGUGUGCACGUUGACGAAGGAGGACAACCGCAGCGUGGGCGAGCUGCCCGAGGACGAGCAGCUGCACGUGCUGCCGCUCUACAAGAUGGCGCCCACCGACGAGUUCGGCAGCGAGGAGAGGCAGAGCGCCAAGGUGCUCAGCGGGGCCAUCCAGGUGCUGACCGCCUUCCCCCGCGAGGUCCGCCGCCUGGCCGAGCCCGCCAAGUCCUGCCGCCAGCGCCAGCUCCAGGCCCGCAGGGCCGCCGCCGCCGCCAGCGCCGCCAAGAAGCUGCACAAGGACAAGAUGCUCAGCCCCGAGAAGGCCCAGCCCGCCCACAUCCCCCCGCUGCAGCCCAGCCCAGGGGUGGCCCUGAAGAGCCGGCUGAGCCAGCAGCCGGGCCCCAGCCCCACCGUCAAGCUGGAGCCGCCCACCCACUUCAGCUGCCUCCAGUUCGGCGGCGGCGGCGGCGGCGGAGGAGGAGGAGGUAGCCACGCCGUGGUGGAGAGCUACUCGGUGCUGGGCAGCAGCUGCCGGCCCUCAGACCCCUACAGCCUGAGCAGCGUCUACGCCUACCACGCCCACCCCUACUACGCGGAGCCCCCCGCCCUGCCCGCCCCCGGCGGCAACGCCUUCCGCUCCGACCUGCCGCUCCCGCCCUUCGGCUACUACGGCUUCGCGGCCGGCGGCCCGGUCUUCCCCGCGCGGCUCCUCGGCUACGGCGGCGCCCCCCGGGCCCCCCCCGGCGGCGGCUGGGCGCCCGCCGGGGGCCCGGAGAAGAAGCCGGACCCGCGGGCCCUCGGGGCCCUCGGGGCCCCGACCCCGGCCCCCGGCUACGGGGGGCCCGAGGCGGCCGAACCGGCGACCGGGGGCGGGCCGGGCCCGGGGGGCGGCGGCCACGACCGGCCCGCCCACCCGGGCCGCCCGGGCUUCCCGGUGCCCGCGGCCCGGCGGGCCCGCCCCUCCCCCUACCCCCCGGGCCUCGGCCGGCCCAUCAAACGGGAGCCGGGGGAGUCGCCGUGCCGGGCCGAGCCCCCCGCGCCCGGGUUCGCGGGCGGCCCGGGCCGGGCGGCCGUCCCCGCGGCCGCCCGCGACGGCGGGGGGCCGGGGCUCCUCUGGGGCUCCCGCCCCGGCGAGCCGGCCCCCGAGCGGCCGGGCGGCGGCCGGGGCGGGUUCGGCCCCGGGGAGGACCGCGCCGGCGCCCCCGAGGCCCAGUGGGGGGCGGCCUUCCCCGGGGGAGGCCCGCCGGGCCGGGCCUGGAGCCCCUGCCGGUUCGGCGCCGGGACGCCGGCCGGCCCGGCCGAGAAGGCCCGGGGCCCGGGCGGCGGCGACCCGAGCCCCGCGGCCUUCCGGCGGGAGAGGCCCUGGGCCCCCGGGAGGCCGCCCGCCCCGCCCUGGCUCCCCCCGGCGCCGCCCGCCGCGGCGCCCGGCCCCCCGAAGGCCCCGAAGGAGGAGGAGGCGGAGGAGGAGGAGGAGGAGGAGGUGUGGUCGGACAGCGAGCACAACUUCCUGGACGAGAACAUCGGCGGGGUGGCGGUGGCCCCGGCCCACGGGUCCAUCCUGAUCGAGUGCGCGCGGCGGGAGCUCCACGCCACCACCCCGCUCAAGAAGCCCAACCGCUGCCACCCGACCCGCAUCUCCCUCGUCUUCUACCAGCACAAGAACCUCAACCAGCCCAACCACGGGCUGGCCCUCUGGGAGGCCAAGGUGAAGCAGCUGGCCGAGCGGGCCCGCGCCCGCCAGGAGGAGGCCGCCCGCCUGGGCCUCGGCCAGCCGGACGUCAAGCCCUACGGCAAGAAGCGCAAGUGGGGGGCCGCCGCCGGGGCCGAGCCCCGGCCCGGGGAGAGGAAGGACCCGGUCCCCACCCGGGGGGCGUUGGCCGUCCCCACGGACACGGCCGUCACGGUCUCCUCCUACGCCUUCACCAAGGUCACGGGGCCCUACAGCCGCUGGACCUAGAGCCGGGGGCCGCCUCGGCGCCCCGGCCGUCGGCCGCCUCUCCUCCUCCUCCUCCUCCUCCUCCUCCUCCUCCUCCUCCUCCUCCUCCUCCUCCUCCACCUCCUUCUCUUCGGGCUUUCGGCGAUGGGUUUCGCGCUCCGUCUUCUCGGUUCGUCGGGUCGUCUGUUUUUAACCCGUCCGGCCGAGCGUCGCGGGGGCCCGGGCGGGGAGGCCCCCGGCCUCCUCGGCCCGAGGAGCCGUUUUUAAUGCCGUCGGGGAGACGUUAUUUAUUGGAUCUCUUUUUAAAACGACGGCGUCGCCGGGGGAGCCGCCGGGAAACGCCAGCGGGGUCCCUCCACCUCCCCCCCGGACCGUCCCCUCCCGGGGGCUGCGGACGGUGCUCCCGGAGACCCCCUCUCCCCUCCCCGGGCCGGGCGCCUCCGCCCCGACCGGCCCCACGGUGCUCAGCCGGGCCGGGAUCUGAGGCCAGAGAGGACGCGCGGCUCCGGGGCCGGAAGACGCUCCCGGCGGACGCCCCGCGGCGGCUUGGGCGGGGAAACCGCAAAGCUAUGCUGCGACCGGAAAAGGGCUACUGUAUCUCAGAAACAAGCGAGUCGAACACGGACUGUGAAGAGCG